AUGAUGGCAGUAAACUGCACUCUUCAAAUCCUCCUCCUCCUCUUGUUCAUACUCCUCUCCCCUGUAGCCAUCACCGCCGGUGCUACUGACACAUUCGGCAAGGGCCAGAAUGUCACUGACGGCGAGACACUCGUCUCGGCCGGUGGCACGUUUACACUGGGAUUCUUCUCUCCCGGUGCGUCGGCCAAGAGAUACCUCGGGAUAUGGUUCUCGGUGUCCAGCGAUGCCGUUUGCUGGGUGGCCAACCGUGAUCACCCUCUCAAGGACACCUCCGGCGUGCUGUUGGUGGCCAGCGACACGGGGGACCUUCUCCUGCUCGACGGCUCCGGCGAGGUGGCGUGGUCAUCCAACUCCCCCAACACCUCCUCAGUGGAGGCGCAGCUUCUGGAGUCUGGCAACCUGGUCGUACACGACCAGAGAAGCAAAACUAUCCUGUGGCAGUCGUUCGACCACCCAUCGAACACCUUGCUGCCCGGCAUGAAGAUGGGCAAGAACCUGUGGACCGGCGACGAGUGGUACCUUACGUCGUGGCGGUCGCCGGAUGACCCAUCUCCGGGGAGCUACCGCCGCGUGCUGGAGUACGCGACUCGGCUGCCGGAGGUCGUCCUCUGGCAACAGGACGCCAAGGCCUAUCGCACGGGGCCGUGGAAUGGGCGCUGGUUCAACGGCGUCCCGGAGGCCUCGACGUAUGCGCACGAUUUCCCGCUGGACGUGACGGCCAGCAAGUCAGAGAUCACAUACGGGUACACCGCCAGGCCAGGCGCGCCACUCACCCGUGUGGUGGUGACGGACGCCGGCGUGGUGAGGCGGCUGGUGUGGGACGCGAGCAGCCUGGCGUGGAAGACCUUCUUCCAGGGGCCAAGAGACGUGUGCGAUGCCUACGGAAAGUGCGGGGCAUUCGGUCUAUGCGACGCCAGCGCAGCGUCGUCGGCGUUCUGCGGCUGCCUGCAGGGGUUCAACCCCGCGUCGCCACCGGCGUGGUACAUGAGGGAAACCUCGGGCGGCUGCCGGCGAAACGUGCCGCUGAACUGCGGCGGCAACGAGACAGCGACGGAUGGCUUUGUGCUGGUCCGUGGCGUGAAGCUGCCCGACACUCAGAACGCGUCGGUGGAUAUGAGCAUCUCGACGGAGGAGUGCAGGGAUAGGUGCUUCGCCAACUGCUCCUGCCUGGCUUACGCAUCCGCUGAGAUCCGAGAAGGUGGCGGUGGCAGUGGCUGCAUCAUUUGGACGGGUGACUUGGUCGAUCUUCGUUACGUGGACCGAGGGCAGGAUCUGUACCUCAGGCUGGCCGGGCCUGAAAUAGCUGUGCCAAAGGGCUCGAAGUUUGCUAUUGCGACUGUUCUUGCGCCGGUAGCUUCCGCUGUUGCUAUAAUACUUGUCUUGUUAUUUGUCAUUUGCUGGAGAAGGAAGCACAGAAUCUCACGUAAACGACUAAACGAUGGUAUUCCACAAAGUUCAGCUAUGACAGUUCCCUCGGUUGAUCUGCACACUCUAAAGGAGGCUACACUGAAUUUCUCCGAGAGCCAUGUGAUUGGUCAAGGAGGAUUUGGCAUAGUGUAUAAGGGCCAAUUACCUGACGGGAGAACGAUUGCAGUGAAGAGGCUUAGGCAGUGUGCUCUCACAAGGAAAGGCAAAUGCGACUUCGCAAGAGAAGUGGAGGUGAUGGCCAGGCUCAGGCAUGGCAACCUUAUUCGCCUCCUUGCCUACUGUGACGAAGGCGAAGAGAGGAUACUUGUCUACGUCUACAUGCCCAACAAGAGCCUCGAUCUCUACAUAUUUGGUGAACCCAGCCUCCGUGCUACGCUGAGCUGGAGGCAGAGGUUGGAUAUCAUCAACGGCAUUGCACAAGGCGUGGCGUACAUGCACGAGGGAUCGGGCGAGAGCGUCGUCCACAGAGACUUGAAGCUUCAAAACGUGCUGCUAGAUGACAAUUGGCGGGCCAAGGUUGCGGACUUUGGCACCGCGAAGCUGUUUGUCGCUGAGCGGGUGGACUCUAGCCUCACCAUCGUCAACUCACCUGGAUAUGCAUCGCCAGAGUCAUUGCGGGCGGAGAUGACGCUCAAAUGCGACGUCUAUAGCUUCGGAGUCGUGCUGCUGGAAAUCCUUAGCGGGCAAAGGAAUGGCGAGACGCAGAGGCUCCUUUUACAUGCAUGGGGAUUGUGGGAGCAGGACAGGAAAAUGGCGCUCCUUGAUCCGACGGUGAAUCUCCCUCCCCUCUCCCGGCCUGAUUCCGACGUAGGCUCUGAACUCGAGAGGUGCAUUCAGAUUGGCCUUCUCUGCAUCCAGGAAUCACCCGACGACAGGCCGGCCAUGUCUGAUGUUGUCGCAGUGCUAACCACUAAGACCUCACAGAUCGCUCGGCCCAACAGGCCCGGAAUAUACAACCAACGAACAAGGUUUGUGACAGGUCAGGCGGAUCUCACUAGGACCACAACGAUCGAUCUCGAGUAG